AUGUUCCGUGGUGAGCUAGCAAAGGUUCGUGCUAAACUAGAACCUUGGGAAAAACAAUUGAUUGAGCACAAUGGAAAACUUGAAGUUACGUCUACCAAAGGAAAAUUUUUGAAUGAGAAGGUAGAAGAUCGGAAUGCUUCAUUGGAUGCCCUCCAGCGUGUUGGAUCAGAAUUGGCAAUGCAUGUUGUAGCAGCAAAACCUUUAUUUCUGUCAAAGGACCUUGUUUCUUCAGAUGCAAUAGAGAAUGAACAUGAGAUUCUCAAGUCCAAGAUUCUCAAUGAAUCUGAUUCAAAAGUGUUGGUUGAGAUGGUGUUGGGGAAUGUUGGGGUUCCAUGGAGAUAUAAGGGGCUUUUGGAUCUAAUUUUGGUUAUCAUGGGUAGUUUGAAUGUAAGGAUAAAACACAUUUACAGAGAAGCUAAUAUGAUUGCUAAUUUUCUUGCCUCUUAUGUUGUAAAGUCCAGAUGCAGCUCUGAUUUUUCUGCUUCUGGGGUGUUACCAGUGGUUGGAAG